AUGACGGUACACCAGACUAGACAGUCUACCAGGGGCCUGGUGUUCCUUCCUGUUGUGACCUCCUAUGACCUCUCCACAGCCUUGUUUCUGCAAAGGAAGACAGGGCCCUCUCUGACCGCAGCAGCUGUCCUGGCCACCACCCCCACCUCACCAAUUCAGAAGGCAGACACUUGCCAGUCUCGCAGGCUUAGGAAUCUCUUUUCGACCUUCCCCAGCCUACCCUCGCGCUCCUCAAGCACACACUCUGGUCCGGCAGGAUCCCUCCCCUUGCUCGGCCGAACGCAUCCUCCAGACGAACGCUGGUCAAAACCACUUUCCCCGCUCCGGAAGCGCAGCCCCUGCCGGGGCGGCGGGUCCCGGGCCGCGAGGCGCGCGGCUCUGCGCCCAGUGGGGUCACCGCGGCCGCGCGCACCCGGCCGGCCGCGCUCGUACCGUUUGAAUCUCCCGCCCGAGCGGGCGCCGCGGGCCGGGCGGGAGAGGCGCGGCGGCACAGGGGCCGCGCGGCCCUCGCUCGAGCCAGGCGGGGCCGGGCCCGCGCCAGGGCGCCCCUCGGGGCCGGGGACCCGCGCGCCCGCACCCGCGCCUUCCUGCCGCCCGGCUUCACGUGGGGCCGGCGCCGCCGACACAAGCGCGCGGGCAAUGGCCCCGGCCCGCCAGGGCUCCGGCUGUGGCUGCUCCGCGCGCCGCCCUCCGCCUCGACCCUCCGCCCGUGACGGGCGCGACCUACCUCGCUGCAGGUCCGCCACAAGCAACUCCUCGGCUCGCCCGCCCGGCCGCGAACUGCCCCAGAGCAUGCGCUCUGCAGGCCUCCGGCCCCGACCCGGGGCCAGAAAGGAAAACAAAGAGCCCGGCGGCCCCUGGAGGCCGCCCCGGGAAGUGCAAGUGGCGCGCUCGGGCUAGAGCGCUCUUGACAAGGCUCUCUCCGCCCUUGGCCCGCGGACUGUGGACUGUGGGUAACAUAUUUGGGAGGCUCCUAAUCCGGACCAGUGAACUAACAAUCAGAGACCACUUGAAACCAGAGUUUGGGAAGAUCUGGUGGGGUAGGGACUGUACGGAGCAGAGAGAUAAUGAUCUUCCCUGCUCUCAAAAGGGACCCCGUCAGAGAAAGAUGAGAAAUCAGACCAUCAACAACCACGCAGGGUAUCGGGCUCAGCCUGGGGCUUAAGAAAGGCUUUCCAAGAUCUAGAUAGAGGGUGCUCUACAGAGCUGUUUCCUGCAUGGUUUGUCUCCUCAGUCAUGGUCCAGAGGACUCUGAGAAGCUGUAGGAAUAUGCAGGCGCAGACUCAAGGCCCAGCUUCAUCUCCAACGUCGUGGAAAGGGACCAUACGUCACGGGGCAGAGCCCUAUGCUCCCGUACGCCACCUGGACAGAGCCCGGGGAGAGUGACCUCCCGGGAAUAUCCACGUUGGUCACUGUCAUUUACUUAACUUGCAAGUUACUGAGUUAGAAAUAAAUUUCAACCAGGUGACCGCUACUUCCCCAGGAUAUCCAUUUUGGGGUGGACCCAGAAUUCCCAAGUGCCAACGAAACUCGAGUUAAAGAGCGAUCAGCAGUCUCUUGUUAGUGAUCUAAACGCACUUUCAGCCAGGAACCCCAAACAUAUCUGCAAACCCCAACAGGCGAUUAGCACUACUGUCAAAGAAAUAGCAUAUGCAAAGCCGCUGACACAGCAAUUACGGCUCCUACCCAUAAACCGGUCAUCAGGAGUCGUGACACCUCCUUACAUCAUAAAGGAAGUGGGAGAAGUAAGAAUCGUCCGUUUGAAAUCGAUUAAGCUCAGAUGGGUGUCAAUUAAAGGAUCUGCAUGCGGUCCCACCGCCUCGUGGGAGACAAGCUCAUAAGCCGGGCGAUGGGCAACAGGGCAGGGGUGGGCCGCGCAUUUAGCGACCCGCGCGGGAGGUGGCACCUCAGCAAGGUUUUGGCGCGAGUGCCUUAGAUUAUGGGUAAGACCCGCGGCUCGCGAGGCCUCAGCGGCCCACAUCCGGCCCAAUUCCGCCGCACGAGUAAGCGUAGUUAGCACGGACACCGCUGAAGGGAAUCCUGGAGAGGAAGAAGCCUAAAAAGAAAUUUGGUUGGCGGGACUGGGGUACUAUACCUAGAACUAACGAAUCGAACGGGUAAAUAGACUCACCAGCUGCCCAAAACGCAAAGCCACAACUCUUUCGAAAAGACCGAGCAAACCCUCGGGCAUCUAUAUUUAUACCUUCUGAAGCGCGCGGAAGUCAAGGUUUACCUAAUGCGCCUGCGCAUCGCCUUGCG